AGGAAGUCGCGGUCGAAGUCGCGGCGGAAGGGCUGGCGGAAGGCCUGGCUGCGGCGGCGACACCACCACCACUACUACUGCUAGCGGCGGCUCCUGCACCAGCGGCGGCUCAAGAUGUCGAUCGAAAUCGAGUCCUCUGACGUGAUCCGGCUCAUCAUGCAGUACCUGAAGGAAAACAGCCUCCACCGGGCGCUCGCCACCCUUCAGGAAGAGACCACCGUGUCUCUCAACACCGUGGACAGCAUUGAGAGCUUCGUGGCGGACAUCAACAGUGGGCACUGGGACACGGUGCUGCAGGCCAUACAGUCUCUGAAGCUGCCCGACAAGACUCUUAUUGAUCUCUAUGAGCAGGUUGUGCUGGAGUUGAUCGAGCUCCGAGAACUGGGUGCUGCCAGGUCUCUGCUGAGACAAACGGAUCCUAUGAUCAUGCUGAAACAAACUCAGCCAGAGCGCUACAUCCACCUCGAAAACCUUCUGGCCAGAUCUUACUUUGAUCCUCGUGAGGCAUACCCAGAUGGGAGUAGCAAAGAGAAGCGGAGAGCUGCUAUUGCACAAGCUUUGGCUGGAGAGGUCAGUGUGGUGCCUCCAUCUCGUCUUAUGGCGUUGUUGGGGCAGGCAUUGAAAUGGCAGCAGCACCAGGGCCUGCUUCCUCCCGGCAUGACAAUUGACUUGUUCAGAGGCAAGGCAGCUGUGAAAGAUGUCGAGGAAGAAAAGUUCCCCACGCAGCUGAGCAGGCAUAUUAAGUUUGGGCAGAAGUCACAUGUGGAGUGUGCUCGAUUUUCUCCAGAUGGACAGUAUCUGGUUACUGGCUCAGUUGAUGGCUUCAUUGAAGUAUGGAACUUCACUACUGGAAAGAUUAGGAAGGAUCUGAAAUAUCAGGCACAAGAUAACUUCAUGAUGAUGGAUGAUGCAGUGCUGUGUAUGUGCUUCAGCAGAGAUACAGAAAUGCUAGCAACUGGAGCACAAGAUGGAAAGAUCAAGGUGUGGAAAAUCCAGAGUGGUCAAUGUCUGAGAAGAUUUGAAAGAGCUCACAGUAAAGGUGUUACAUGCCUCAGUUUCUCUAAAGACAGCAGCCAAAUUCUUAGUGCUUCUUUUGAUCAGACAAUCAGGAUUCAUGGUUUAAAAUCCGGGAAAACCCUAAAGGAAUUCCGUGGUCAUUCUUCCUUUGUCAAUGAAGCUACUUUUACCCAGGAUGGCCACUACAUUAUCAGUGCAUCCUCCGAUGGCACAGUGAAGGUUUGGAAUGUGAAGACAACAGAAUGCUCCAACACCUUCAAGUCUCUUGGUAGCACUGCUGGGACAGACAUUACUGUGAACAGUGUCAUUCUGCUGCCUAAAAACCCAGAACACUUCGUUGUCUGCAACAGAUCAAAUACAGUUGUCAUCAUGAAUAUGCAAGGACAAAUUGUAAGAAGUUUUAGCUCUGGUAAGAGAGAAGGUGGUGACUUUGUUUGCUGUGCACUUUCACCUCGUGGUGAAUGGAUCUACUGUGUUGGUGAAGAUUUUGUGCUGUACUGCUUCAGCACAGUGACGGGCAAACUGGAGAGAACUCUGACUGUCCACGAAAAAGAUGUCAUUGGUAUUGCUCAUCACCCCCACCAGAACCUGAUUGCCACUUACAGUGAAGACGGCCUCCUCAAGCUCUGGAAGCCAUAGAUUGAUUUUGCAGCAAGCUCUGAAGCAUGCCUGUUAGUUGCAGGUUACUAGUGUUUUUGCUUUAACAAGGUCUAAAUAUGCAGAGUGUAAUACUUGCUCAAUUUUCAGUUCAGGUGUCCAGAGAAUUACAUUUGUACCUGCCUAGAGUGAAUCGAUGCAUACAUAUAGCAUCAGUUAAUUUCAUAUACUUAUUUUUAGUAGAGUAGUUGAAGCAACUUCGGUGAGAAUGCUUUUUCUGCCUCCUGAAGUCUGUACUCUUCCUACAGUGUUUUUAAAAGUUCAGUGAACCAGCAGCUGUACACGCUUAUGAGUGGUUGCUGACUUCCUAGGAUAUAGUAAAAUGCGCUUUUUUUUUUUAGUGAAAUAUGUAAUGAAAAGCUGUUUCUUCCCUACUGCUGAAACAGGAAUAGUUUCCUGAAAUGCAGAUGAGGAUACAGUAUCAUCAGCUUGAAGAUGGGGUAGUUUCUAGGCCAGUAGGUUUUGCUGUGUUCAAUUUUCAUUAUCAUUUUUCCAGUUAUAUUGGGAAGUAGUAUCACACAGCUGCCUCAGAAUGAAACUAUCCUUCCCCAUCUGCCAGCACUUCGUACUAUAGACUGUAAACAUGCCUAAUGUGGCACUGGGAUACAGUUGAUUGAUUGGGGAUUUUUUUUUUUUUUUUUUUUUUUUUUUUUUUUGUUUUUGUUUUUGUUUUUUUUGUUUGUUUGUUUGUUUGGGUUUUUUGUUUUACUUCACUUCCAAACUAAACAAAGCUAUUACCAGGGUGGUCUUCCUGUAAGUGCUAAAUGUUUUCAGACCAGCUAGAAUUGAAACAGGCUCCAGGGGAUCAAUAUUUUAAAACAUGAAAAACUUGGUUUACAUGGGCUGAGUUCCUAGUGCUGUGAUAAUGCUUUAAAUAAUUAUUUUUAAGAUUUUUUUCUUUUAAUUUCAUAUGCCUGUGGACCUAGCUAAGGGUUAUACUUAGGUCCCACAAGAUGAUAAAAGAUACUUGCAGGCUCUUCAAUUUGAAGCACAUAAUUUUUUUUGUUGAGAGAUUCUGACUAAUGUACACUGUUCUGAAUGUACACCAGAAUCUUCUAAAGUCUGACUGUCUUUUCCAAGAUGCAGAAAAAUUAGGUUUUUCCUGUAAUGAUGAAUCAAAUGCGUGUAGAUUUGAAUCUGCUACACUGUGUUCUGUUCUUAUCUCUUGUAGAAUGCUUUCCUACUGCAGCAGUCUUUCAGACAGUAAUAACUUGUCUUCAACUUAAUAAAGUAGUUCCACUUUAAA